AUGUCUGACGAUGAUAAGAAACCAACAACAGUAACUAACAAGAAGCCACACCCAGAAAUGGGCACAUUAGGUUGGACCAAAUAUACAGGUUAUCCUAUAUGGCCUUGUAGAGUAGCAAAGGAUUCAGAGGUAAAUCCUGAUGUAUUAUCACAAAAAAAGGAAGGAAAGAGUUUACUUGUUUACUUUUUUGGUAGUCAUGAUUAUGCACUUGUUACAGAUAAUAACUUUUUAAACUUUGACGACAACUAUGCUGCUUAUUCAAAAUCAAAGAAAAAACAAUUCUUGGAUGGACUUGAAGAGGCAAAGAAAUGGAGAGACACUAAAGAUAAACUCUAUCCAGUCUAUAGAAAUCCAAAUGAUUCAUCAUCUGACGAUGAUGAUGAUGAUGAUGAUGAAUCAUCUACAUCCUCUCAUGAAGAUGAUAGUGGUAGUAGUCAAGAUGAGUCUGAACCAUCGAAAAAGAUGGACAUUGAACCAAAGAAAAAUACAAACAAUAAUAACAAAUCGCCUACUUUGUCCGCUACAUCAAAAUCAAAAGGCUUUGUUCCUCUUUCAAAUCAAAAAAAAAAAUGUGACGAUGAAGAUGACAGCAGUAGCGAUGAUGUUGACAUGAAAGACAAAACAACAACAACAUCAACAACAACAACAAACAAGAAUAUACCUUUGUCGACAAAGAAAAGUGCAUCAUCAACGAUCAUCAACAACAAAAGGUCCAACUCGAAUGAAGCCAACAAGAAUAUUAGUGUAAAAAUUAAGAUACCAACCAUGCACAAUGAUUCCAAAAUAAUAACGAUUGUAAAACCAAAACUAUCAAAAGACCAACUAUUGAAAAGGAAAACUUUUAGACAAAAGAUAAUGAGAAGGCUGGCUCUUUCAGCUCCAACAUCUGUUCCGACUAUUGCAACACCAAAGGCAAAGCCCUCAUCUAAAUCAUCAACAUCAUCCUCUUCCUCCUCCUCCUCCUCCUCCUCUUCUAAACCAUCAUCCAAUUCUCCUUCAUCCUCGUCCUCGUCUAAAUCUAAACAGGAACCAUCCAAGAACGGUUCUUCACCAUCAGUCGUUUCUUCAUCCUCUUCUUCUUCUUCUUCUUUGAAAAAAUAA